GUGCGAAGUAUAUACCAAAGUAUACCAAUGGCUUUGCGUUUUCGCCGUCGUGUCUUGCGUCAAGUCUUGAUGGACUUCUGCUUCGACUACUUCUGUACUGCAACACAUGCCGUAUCCACGUGAGAAUAUACAGCCUGUAUUCAAAAAAUGCCUGAAGACGAAAUUAUUGGCUUUGCCGAUCCAGAUGAUAUCGACAAUGACGAUGAUGAUGGACAGCUUAGGGUCACUAAGAAAAAGAGUGGCAAAAGAUCAGGUGGAUUUCAAGCUAUGGGUCUUAGUUUUCCUAUAUUGAAAGGUGUUCAGAAACGGGGGUACAAGAUACCAACGCCCAUUCAGCGGAAGACGAUUCCUUUAGUUCUUGAAGGACGGGAUGUUGUAGCUAUGGCGAGGACCGGCAGUGGGAAAACAGCCUGUUUUCUCAUUCCUUUAUUUGAGAAGCUUAAAAUGCGUCAAGCAAAAGCUGGCGCAAGAGCUAUAGUGCUUUCUCCAACUCGAGAACUAGCUCUUCAGACAUUAAAAUUUAUUAAGGAGUUGGGUCGUUUUACUGGACUGAAAGCUGCAGUGAUUUUGGGUGGAGACAGCAUGGACAAUCAGUUCAGUGCGUUACAUGGAAAUCCUGACAUAAUUGUUGCUACACCUGGCCGUUUUCUUCACAUCUGCGUCGAAAUGGAUCUCAAGUUGAACAGCAUUGAAUAUAUUGUCUUUGACGAAGCAGACAGGCUAUUUGAAAUGGGUUUUGGCGAACAGUUGCACGAAAUUGUAAACAGACUCCCUACUUCUCGGCAGACUUUGUUAUUCUCUGCAACAUUACCAAAAGUUUUGGUUGAAUUUGCUAAAGCUGGACUGAGCGAUCCUGUUCUCUUGCGAUUGGACGUAGAAAGUAAAUUACCAGAUGAGUUGAAACUUGCUUUCAUCGCCAGUCGGCCGGAAGAAAAACUCGCUGUUCUCUUGUGCUUAUUAAAGAAUAUUGUUAAACCUGAAUCGCAAACCGUUGUAUUUGCAGCUACCAUACAUCACGUUGAAUACAUUCACAUGAUAUUAGAUAAAGCAAACAUCAGUAACACUUUCAUAUACUCAAACUUGGAUCCGUCUGCGCGAAAAAUUAAUGCAGCAAAGUUUCAAACUGGAAAAGUAAAAGUUUUGGUAGUAACCGAUGUUGCUGCCCGCGGUAUUGAUAUACCGCAGCUGGACAAUGUGAUUAAUUUCAAUUUUCCUUCCAAGAGCAAACUUUUUGUACAUAGAGUUGGUCGUUGCGCCAGAGCAGGUCGCACUGGUACGGCUUACAGUAUUGUAGGACCAGAUGAAUACUCUUACUUGAUAGAUUUACAUCUAUUUCUUGGUCGUCCGUUACACAUUAUGCCUGCUAAACCUAUUGGCAAUGUUCCUGAAGGAGCUAUAGGAAGGAUGCCCCAAUCCAUGGUGGAAGAACAACUAGCCGAAUUAAUCCUUUGGCACGAAAAUACCUCGGACAUAGAAAAUAUGAAAAAGGUAUGUAGCAAUGCAUAUCAGCAGUAUAUCAGGUCGAGGCCAGGAUCUUCCGCUGAUAGCGUCAAGAGAGUAAAAGAACUAAAAAUUGGAUCGGCAGGUGUAAUACCGGAAUAUUGUGAUGUGACACCUGCGGCUGCAGAUUUGCUUUGCAGGAUGAAGAACUACAGACCACAAGGAACGGUAUUUGAAAUCGGUACAAAGCCGUCCUCCGUAGAUUAUACGGUAAUGAAAGCCAAACGAGCUUUUCACAGAGAAAACAUUGCAAACUUUCAUAGAAAAAUUGAUGAAAAAGAAGAACAAGAAGCGAUAGCCAGUGAAGAGUUUGCAAAGAAGUCAAAUUUGGUGCCUAGCAGUGCCGAAGAAAUUAGUGCUACGUUUAGUUCUGUGAUAACUCCAAAAAAGAGGAAAAUGGACGAUCUGUACAAGGAAAAGAAGAAAAAAAAACAGAAAGUAACACGUGACGAAGAAUUUUAUAUCCCCUACUCUGCUCCAGAUAAACACACCGAGGCUGGCCUGGCAGUAAACAGUUUUGCUGUAGAAGCUGAAAGAUUGCAAAUGGAUUUGACUGCAGAUAGUGAAGAUUCCCGCCGCCUUCAAACACAAUUGAAACGUUGGGAUCGUAAAAAGAAGAAGAUGGUUACUGUUCAAAAGGAGACAAAAUCAGCCAAGAUACGCACAGAAUCAGGUGUAUGGAUCCCUGCUACAUAUAAAGGAAACCGUUAUUCACAAUGGAAAGAAAGAUCAAAGGUGGACACUGCCAAUGACGACGAUGACGAGGAACCUGAAAAACUCCAAAAACUACAAACCACAUCCAAUACGCAUUGGGCACGUCAUAAUCAAAAGACAAAGGAAAAGGCGAGGAAAGCUGAGCUGAAGAAACCAGAGCAGAUAUUGAAGGCCAGGUUAAUAAUGGAGAAGAAGCAGAAAAGACAGGGUAAAAAGAAAGGAAAGGGUCGUGGAAAGGGAAACAAAGGAAAAAGUAAGGGGCGUUCCUAACGUCCUUAAUUCAUCCGUCUCAUCCGGGGUAAAUUAUAUUUGACGAAAUAUUUUAUACGUCAUAAGUUUGUAUCAUGCUAGGGAUUUUGAAGUGAAAAUGAUUUUUCAGGUUCAUUCAAACGAUAAUCCUGGAAAGCCAUGUUGAUAGUAACAAGAUAAAACCGCAUAGCUUUGUUACGCAAACAAAUGUUCUGCAUUUAUCUGUCUAUCUAUCGAUUGGAACAAAAAAUUUAAUGAAAUUUAGAUGAAAAUUAUGUAAUUGUGCCAAUUGAAUAGAGUUACUUACACGCAUA